UUCAGAUGAUAAUCAAAUUGAUAAUUACCGAUGGUUUUAGGUCUAACGGCCAGUGCACAUCAGUGAAAGCGACGCAUUUUCCCACAAAAGUGCCAGGCAUAUAUAAACACAUCGAUACUAUAGGAGACGUCGUUAGCGGAGAGUUCCAGGUGGUGGCCACAGACAACAAAUGUUUCUCCAUUGGAUGGUGCUGCACGCGGUUCAGUGCAAUCGAUGACACAUGUGAUGAUCCCUGGCUUACUGUGUUGACCCGGACACCUAAGCCCGAUCCGAAAUGUCUACAGAAGGCCGACCAAGUUCUCGCCAACAUUUGGCAACUACGCCUUGGUGAUUUAACGAGGGUCCCGCAUGGUCAAAGUUGCCUCCCAUUACUUUAUCCACCCAAACAUGGUAUAUUUUAGGACAGGGUUGAACCAUCCAAAAAUGGACUGGUCUAAGACUGAUUCGUUACGAUAUAAUCUGUAACUAUUAAAGAUGAAAUUAAAAAUCGAAGGUU